CUGGCAGCAGAGUGUCAGAGUGCCGGCCACCCUGGUGUUUUGGUUCCUUUCAAGUGUGACUUGACCAAAGAAGAGGAGAUUCUGGCCAUGUUCGUAGCGAUCAAAGAGCAGCACAAAGGUGUGGAUGUGUGCAUCAACAACGCUGGCUUAUCUCAUCCAGAGCCACUGCUAAGUGGCAAAACCAGUGCCUGGAAGAACAUCAUGGAUGUGAACGUUCUUGCACUGAGCAUUUGCACACGUGAAGCUUAUCAGUCAAUGAAAGAGAGAAACGUGGACGAUGGGCACAUCAUAAACAUAAACAGUUUGUGUGGACAUAAAGUCAUUCCUUUUGCUGAUUUUCAUCUCUACACCGCCACCAAGUAUGCUGUAACUGCUCUGACUGAGGGCCUGAGACAGGAGCUGCGUGCUGAAAAGACCCAUAUCCGAGCCACAAGCAUUUCUCCUGGUUUAGUGGCGACAGAAUUUAUAUCACGGGCCAGCAGCAAAAAUCCUGAUGAAGUCGCUGCCUUUUAUGCUACAACCAAGUCUCUGAAAACAAAAGACAUUGCCAGUACUGUCACGUACAUCCUCAGUACCUCUCCUCAUGUUCAGAUUGGAGAACUUCUGGUUGAACCUAUAUAGCAUGUGUCAUGUUGC